AUGUUAGCCUUUAUUACAAGCAUUCCAGGGUCCUUCAUUAUUCUGCUUAUUUCUCCAAUUUCUUUGCUCCUUCCACUUAUUUUUUCAGCUUUUAUAAGCUUUCAGUUGCUCCAGUAUCUCAUUCUCUCUUUUUUUGCCUCCAGGCCAUUCUUUUUCGUAGAAUUCUCUCCUCUCAUCUUCCCCAAAGCUUCCCUUGUGGUUCAGCUGCUGAAGAAUCUGCCUAUAAUGCAGGAGACCCUGGUUCGAUUCCUGGGUUGGGAAGAUCUGCUGGAGAAGGAAAUGGCAACCCACUCCAGUAUUCUUGCCUGGAGAAUCCCAUGGACAAAGGAGCCUGGAGGGCUAAACCCCAUGACGUUGAAAGAGUGGGACACGGCUUAG